CUGAAUCUAAAGAUUUUUUCAUUAUGCAAUGAAUAUCAUCCGUUCUCAAUUAUAAUUGAAAAUUGAAUAAUGGCGAUUAUUUUUUUUUAAUACAGAUUUUACGUAUAUGAUUAUUGAAACUAGAAUAAUUGAGGAGUAAUAUAUAUGAUUAAGAAGAAGAAAAAGAAAAAAGAUGGAUCAUAUUGUGAUAGGAGGAAAGCAGCUAAGUUUAGGAGAUUCAAAUGAAUUCGAGAAUGAAGCAAAAAUGUCUCUUAGUGACCGUCUUAAGAAAUUCAAAAUCUCCCAAUUUGAUGUUGAUGCUUUGAUCUCCUCUAAAUGCCCUUACAUGGCUGAAAAGGAACUUAAGCAGUUAACAAUAUAUCUUAAGGAGCUACAGAAGGCCUCAGCAGAGGAAAUGCGUAAGAGUGUAUAUGCUAAUUACUCUGCGUUUAUACGGACUGCCAAGGAAAUAUCAUUACUCGAGGGUCAACUUCUAUCACUACGACAACUCUUAUCAGCACAAGCCGGAGUCAUACAUGGCUUAGCCGAUGGGGUUCACGCCAACUCAUUAUCACCGGGCCCACAAGGCCCUUCCGAUGAAGAAAUAUUGAAGAACAAUAAUAGCGAGGUCACCAAAAUGGAGAACUGGUUGAAUGAGUUCCUUGAGUCAUUGGAAGUUCUGCUAGCUGAGAGACGGGUGGAGGAAGCCUUAGCGACCUUGGAUGAAGCUGAAAAGGUUGUGGAAGAUGCCCAUGACAGGGGGACCCUUAACUUGGGAAUGUUGACAGGGCUCCAAAAUGCCAUCACUACAAGCAGGAUUAAGUUAGCUGAUCAGCUUGUAGAAACAGCAACAAAAUCUUCUACGAAAAGUGCUGAGAGACGAGCAGUCGUUUUGGCUUUGAAAAGACUAGGAGAUGGUCCAAGGGCUCAUUCGUUGCUUUUGAAUGCACAUCGACAGAAAUUGCACCAGAGCAUGCACAGUCUGAAGUCUGCAGGAACAGCUAAUGCAGGUGUGGAGUACUGUACUAGUCUCUCAAAGCUUGUGUUUUCUACCAUCGCCCAAGCAUCAAAUGAUUCUCUUGUUGUUUUCGGGGAGGAUUCAUCGUAUACCUCGGAGUUAGUGACCUGGGCGGUUAAGGAAACUCAACAGUUUGGUGUUUUGGUUAGGAGGCAAUCGUUGUCUCAAUCAGCUGGUUCAGGGAAUCUCAGAACAGCUGCUGCGUGCGUGCAGAUAUGUUUGGGACAUUGCUCGCUGCUUGAGGCUCGAGGACUUGCACUCUCUCCUGUUCUUCUCAAAGAUUUUAAGCCGAUUUUUGAUCAGGCGCUUACUUCUAAUUUGAGAAGGAUUGAACAAAGCUGUGCCGCUCUUGCUUCUUCUGAUAAUUGGUCUUUGACACUUCCACCUGGAGGGAACGCUACUACUCAAAUUAAACUAACUAGAAGUGCACAUAGAUUUAAUUCUAUGGUUCAGGAUCUUUUUGAAGAUGUCGAACCCCUAGAGACUCUACAACUCGUGACUCCCUUGCUUGAAGGUUUAAUACAUGUGUUUAACUCCUAUGUAAACACCCUAAUAAAUGCAUUCCCGGUAUCAGUGAAUGAGGCAAACCAAGAUGGACUAGGAGUCUCAAUAGUCAAGGUGGCCGAGACUGAAGCCCAACAGCUUGCUUUGCUUGCUAAUGCGUUUUUUCUAGCUGAUGAGUUUCUCCCUCGUGCUGCUUCAAGGCUGUUGUCCUUCAACCAGACUAAUAGAAGUGAGGAACCUUCUAGAAAAGAUUUAGAUCGACAAAACCGUGUUGCAGAACAGAGAGAUUGGAAAAAGAGGCUGCAAAAGUCGGUUGAUAGGUUAAGAGAUAGCUUCUGUAGACAGCUUGCAUUAGAGCUCAUAUUUACUGAUGAUGGUGAACUCCGUCUUACAUCACAAUUAUACACUAAAUUGGAUGGUUAUGCUGAGGAACCCGAGUGGUUCCCAUCUUCAAUUUUUCAGGAGUUACAUAUGAGAUUGAGUCAGAUAGCUGCACUUGCAUCAGAGAUCUUUAUAGGUCGGGAAAGAUUCGCGACAUUGCUACUAAUAAGGUUGACUGAGACGGUGAUUUUAUGGAUUUCUGAUGAUCAAACCUUUUGGGAAGAAAUCGAACAGGGCGCAAAACCUUUGGGUCCUUUUGGCCUUCAGCAGUUUUACUUAGAUAUGGAAUUCGUGAUGCUAUUUGCAUCCCAAGGCCGUUUCUUGUCUCGAAAUCUCCAGCAAGUAGCUAAAAACAUCAUUGCUAGAGCUAUUGAUGCAGUUUCUGCUACUGGGAUUGAUCCUUACAGUACCUUGCCAGAGGAUGAAUGGUUUGGAGAAGUAGCAAAUAUUGCAGUGAAGAUGUUAACAGGAAAGGCCAGCUUCGAAAACGAGGAGCAUGAAGAUAUGAGCCCUACUGCUUAACUGUAGCAGAUCAAUAUUAUCUCAGGUUUCGAUUUUUGGGUGCUCAUUGAUCAGAAUCUUUGAAAUCAUAUUGUUACCUAAAAAUAAGUUCGUGCAAGAUGAAUGUCAGAUACUCUUCCUCUAUUUAGUCAGUAGUUUUGAGAAUGUUCAGCAGCAAACAAUGUUGUAUAUUUGUUCACUUCCCUUCAUUUUGAUUUAUUCAAAAGGCAUAUAAAGAAGGUGAGUUCUGGUUAAUUAAUACAUUGAGUAAUGAACCAUUGCCAAACGUACUAUGAACUAAAAAGAAAAUUUGAACUAUAAGGUCAAAGAGCAAUACCAUUUGCCAAGUAGUGCUCAAACUUGUCAAUCUUACCUAUGUUAGUUAGCUUACCCUUCUUACAAGGCGAA